GGCCAGAAUAGCACAAGGCUGCAGAUCACGUGUAGGCGCUCCUUGUUUACUUAGCAAGUCGAUCUGAUAAAGCUGCCGGUGAAAGGCCACAACAGCAGUGACAUGUUCAACAACAACAACUACAUCCGUAACAGUUUGCUGCUUGACUGCUGCUGUAUAUAUACGUGUGGAUAAGUCAGUGAAAAUGGCUAUCCGUGGAGAGCGCUUUCACAUCGACCUCUCUGACGAUGACGACGACGACGACAACCCUCGCCCCCCCGUCCAAUCGCAGUCCCUAGAUUUUAUCGGCGACAUCAAGGAGCGAGCAUCCUCUUCUACCUCUCUACCACCUACUCCUCCACGAGCCUCCUCCAGUUCCACGGGUUUUCCAGAGCCCCGAAAACGAUCUAAGGUGUCUACUUUCAAAAAGCAAAGAGCAGAGCCAGAAUCUUUGCGAAAUCAUAAACAGCCCUCAGAGAGCGCUUCUGGUAGAUUCAAUCUCAGCCAGGCGCCUUCCUAUGCGGAAUAUGAGAAGAAAUCCAUAGAAGAAGAAAACAAACGGAGACUGGCCGCCAUGUCUCCUGCUGAGAUUGAAAGAGAGCGCGGGGAAUUGAUGUCUGCGCUUCCGCAAUCACUCAUCGAACGCCUCCUCCGAAGGGCAAAUAUCGAGGAGGACCACCAACAUGAGGAAAUGAAACAUCGGAUGGACAAGGGGAAGAGGGAUAUUAAGGAGGCUAAUUCGCCAACAGUGUCAAAAGAAGAACCAGAGGGGACAUCUACGCAGCUCAAAAAGCCUCCCAAAUCAGUAUCAUUUGACAUUCCACCUUCGCAGACAGUAGAAAAGUCCGCCGAUGCAGACUUUGAAGAACAAGAACGACCCCCCAAACCAUCAUCGACCAUAGAUAACCUCCCACCUCCCUACCCACCUUCCGAACUAUACCCCGCCUCCGAAUUCCCAACAGGUCCUAUCCAUUUCCCCAAACCCCCCCCACGCCAAUCUCCAAUGCCAAACCUCGAUCCCUCCUCCCCAUCCUUCCUCGCAGACCUACAAACCCACUACUUCCCAGAUAUCCCGCACGAUCCUUCUUCCCUCUCCUGGCUCCAGCCACCUAACGACCCUGCAUCCGACGAUCCAACUAACCCUUCCACAUCCCCCUACCACCCCGACAGCGCCGCCACCUCCGUCUCCCCCGCCUCCCUCCGUUUCUCGCUCACCGGCAACCUCCUCGCCCCACGCACCUCUCUCUCCAUCCCCACAACCCUAGGCCUCCACCACCACGCUGACGAUCCCGAAGCGGCCGGCUAUACAAUCCCCGAACUUGCAAUCCUCUCUCGCUCCACGCUCCCCGCCCAGCGCUGUCUGGCCUGGCAAGUUCUCGGCCGGUUCCUGUACAGGUUGGGGAAGGGGGAGUUUGGGGAGCGGGGUAGCGCACUUGUUGAGGGGCUGUGGAGUGUUGUGGAGCGCGAGCAGGUGGUUGCGGGUAUGUUGGCUGAGGCUGGGGGUGGCAGUGGAUCGAAAUCUGAAUCAACUACUACUACGGCUACCACUUCCACUACUCCUCCUGGCGCUGGUACUAGCGCUGGUUCAAGUAAUGUGGGACGCAUCGGGAAACACGCCAGCGCGCGAGCGUGGGCGACGGAGGCUAUUUGGCUUUGGAGGAGGGGAGGCGGCGGGGAUAGAGGAUUGAUCAAGGAAGGAGUUCUCAGGUCGAAGUAGUUAGCAUUAUGGGAAGGAUAUCGAGGAUUUCUUUGGUUUCACAUUGCACUUGUCGGCGAUGCACGGAGGUCUGGAACAAAAACCUUCUCUCCACGCUAGAGAUUUACAUGGUGUGGCAAAUCAGUUAACUACACACGGGGGUUGACCAACUCACAAGAGGUUGCAGGCGUGGUUCCCACAGCUUAGUUAUCAAGUUAGGCGUUCAAGACCUGAUAACUUCUGCCACGUGGAUUAGAAUUGUUUGAGAUUGGGUAUUGGGAUUUCCAUUCAACUUUUAGUGUGUUGGAAGGGCCUUUGUUGCACUGCUCCGUGUAUUUUCGAGCCACUUCUUAGCUGUUUCUGUCGGCUUCUCACAUUUUGCAUCUGGAUUACGGCGAGGAAUGUUUGCUUUCGAGCGCAUAUCAUGCUGCAUUUGGUCAGCUCUUCGCGCCUCCGGCUCAGAGAUUCGACGAACAUGGCCAAUCCGCGCUCUAGAUACCAGCGUCAAAAAAGAAUUCGCCGAGAGGUUAUGCGCAUAUUUCAGUCGCAUGCAAUCGGAACACCAAAUCUUUUAACUGAGCAUGGGCAUUUCAACGCCAUGGUAUAGAUGCCCAGAACUCCAACGGAACUACCCCGCUAUUUGACUGCGAAGUCUUACACAAAACUAGGGUCGAGCUUCAUGGCUUUAUUGAAGAUUAUACACCUACAUAUUGCCCAUCCUUACAUCGAAUCCUUAAAUACAAUCAAUCAUUCUUGAAUGUUGAGAGAUCAUGAACAUCAAAUAGAGGUCUUAGAUGUGAUGUGUGUGGCAGUUAGUAAUUACAGGCACUUUUCAGAUAAAGUCAUUACUUACCAACACCCAUCCCUCCCUCCGGGAACCCUUUCUCUCACCACCACGGUCCACAUCUGAAGCGUUGUAUUCUUUGUCGAGUGACCCUAAUUUGCAGAAAUAACCCUACAACGCAAUGGAAAAGGAGAAACCUUAAGAUGCUUGCCUGGCCCCUUCUUGUGCAUCGCCAUAGCAGGAUGCUUUUUGGUAAAACCUUUAAAGUCAAUAUACAGCGUUAAGGCCAUUUUCGCUGAUCGGCGACGAAUGUCCCUAAACCGGUUAGCGUAAUUCUUUCUGGGCCCGAUAAGCUUAAAUUAGACCCAAACCUUAAAAAUGGAGGAGCCGCCUGCGAGGCGAUCUUUUGCCUAUUUUUUUCUAAAAAUCACAACCUCGCCCUCUCCUUCUCAUGCUCACUCUCACGUACAACCACCCCCCUAACACCAUUCCUUUCCUGCUCCUUCAGAACCCGUCUCAAAAUCUUCCCACUCGUACUCUUCGGCACCGCAUCCGUAAACUCGAUCUCUUCCACCCACUUAAACCGGACCUUCCUCUCCCUAACAUACUCCAUCAGCUCCCUCCCAACACCCUCUGAUUUUUCAACGCCCGGUAUGAGCACAACGUACGCCUUCGGUCUCUCACCCGCAUAGUCGUCCAUUUUGCCCAGCACCGCUGUAUCAGAGACAUACGGAUGGCCAAGGAGUAAAUCCUCAAGUUCGGCAGGCGCAACGGCGAUUCCCUUCACCUUGAUCAUCUCCUUGAUCCUAUCGACGAUCGUGACUAGGCCUUCCUCAUUCAUACUGCCAAUAUCGCCCGUGUGGAAGAAUCCGUCCCCACCGAAGGAUUCGGCCGUGGCGCUCUCGUUGCCGAGAUAACCCAUGGCGAUCUGUGGGCCCUUGGCAAGGAUUUCUCCAGGUUGGUUAUAGCCCAGUUCCUUCCCCUGGUCAUCGACGAUUUUGAUUUCCGUGCACGGGAUCAAAUCGCCCACUGUGGUCGCGUACUCGUAGCCAUAGUACUUAGGAGAGUGGGAGGUCAGACAGCCGCACGACUCUGUCAUGCCAUAUCCUUGUCUAAACCCGGCGUCGGGGAACCUCUUCGCGAGCAAUUGGACGACUUCUUUGCUCAGUGGUGCGGCGCCGCAGGAUAUGCGUUUGAUGGAGGAGAGAUCGUAUUGGUCUACGAUUUUAUCUUGGAUGAAUCGGAUGACGAUUGGCGGGACUAGGAUUAGUUCGGUGAUUUUGUAUUCCACGAUGGACUUGAGGGUGAGUUCCAUGGUAAAUUGUGGGAGGAGGAUGACUUCGUCGUUUUGGUGGAUGGGGCUAUUGCAGAAGCGGUUGAGGCCGGUGACUAUUGCAUUCAGGAAGCGGGGAUAGGUGGGGCUGCAGUUAGUCAAUAUGCAAGAUAUAUUGUUGACACCUAGCUAUCGGGCGGCGUAUGAUGUGGGGAGACUCACUGUGAAACAGCGGUAAAGCACCGAGAAACGUUUUUGGUUCGCACGGAGUGAUCGCUUUCAUCUGCAAACACUGGGCCAUUACAUUGUGAUGCGAAAGCAUGACCUGUGAUGGAGAGUUAGCAGAGCCACCCCACCCCCGCUUCGAAUAUCUUUAGCAUAUCUCACAGCCUUCGGCAAUCCAGUUGUUCCACUGGAAAAGUUCAAAAAGCCGCAGAUAUCCUUAUUUGUCUUGCUGGCCGGUAUCGUAUAUGGGGGAAUCUGGCCCUGCUCGCCGUAGCCUUUCCCGAUCUCUUGCAGGUCCUUGAAGGUAGUGAAUCCCUCUACGUUUCCUUCGAGUAGAAAGAUAUGUUCUCGCAGAAUUCCAGCAACCUUAGCAGCAGCCACGGCAACCUUCAACGAGUUCGGGCUUGUCAUGAGAUAUUUUGUCUCCGCCUUCGUGAGGGCAUAUGCCAUUUCCUCAAUGUUGUACGCUGGGGAGGCCCCAGCCACCUUACCACCUAUAGCAAAUUAAGAAAAAAAAGGCAGCUUCAGUGAAUGUACUAGCGUGAAAAUGGGCCUAUGUAAUAUAUACAUACCCGCCCUGAGCCCCGCAAACAUAGCUACAGGAUACCAGAUUGUGUUCUGACUGAAGAGUGAUAUGGUGUCGACUUCCUUCAUGCCAUAUUUCCUCACCAAAGCCGUGCUUGCGUAAGUUGCGGCUUCCUUGACUUGUACCCAAUUGACGCGUUCCUUUGUAACCGCAUUGGUAUAUCCCGCCAGCUCGUGCGGCUGGUAUUUGUGUAGGACCGAGAAUUGAGGCGAUUCGAAUAGCCACUGCCAUACCGUUAUAUUUGUGGGAACUGCGGGUUUGCUCUAUUAGUAAGAAUGGAUAGGAAAUAGAAAAGUAGGGGCAAGCGAAGAAAGCACAUCAGAUAGGCUGAAGAUGUGGAAAUGUUGAAAAGCCAGAAACCCGGGAUUCUAUCCCCUUAUAUGCCUACCAUCGAUCUCAGGAUGUCUUGAUCUGAACGUCAUUUUCCAAAAUGCAGAUAGCCGAUUCUCUCACACCAUGAAAACAAACAUAAAUCAAAAAACAGGUCGAUUUAAACGGUCUAUAUCGCUAUUUCUAUGUAUUUAAAAGGAGUUAACUCUCAUGGAACGGCUAUAUCGUUUCCUAAGAAUCUUCAGAAUUCGGCUCUCUGCCGAUUUCAGACCUUUCGGCAAUGAAAGGCUGCGGGGUCGGUUCGGUACUGCAAGCAUACAGCCGGCCCUCGGGAACACGAUCUGCGAAUAUCCUCAGGAAUAGCCGGAUGGAUGAAAUUUCACAUAAUUCUUUGUCCUCGCUCGAAUGCUUGACAUGAAAUAUAUUAUUUAAAAAAAAUUUGAUGUCGAGUAUACCACUUCUGGAGUAAGGGGUUGUGCGGGUGCGCAGAGUAUACAACCUAGGCGAUGCGGAUUAGGAGAUGGUCCAGAUAUAAAUAAAGUUCACAUUGCCGACACGAAUGAUUGUGCAUACACUCAUUCAAUCCACUGAAGAAGGUGUGAGCACGUUGACUCCGCUCCUUUGGGGCUAUGUGCCUCAACUGUCGGAAUGGUACCUCGGAUGAAUAUGUCGGAAAACAUAUGAAUCUCAUGUGUAUCAAGAUCUGCUUCUUAUAUUAUCCGUACACUAUCUAUCCUCUCUAAUUGCAUACAAAAUAUAGGGCUAUUUAUAGGAAGACGAAUGUGCGAGCCAAGAAGCUAGCAUUAGCGAGUAAGUUAUUAGACGAGCAAUUGUAGUAGGCUGAUGAUGAUAAGAAAAAUACGAUGUUGGUGGCAUUUAGUCUGCACUACUGCGUAG